UAUUGUUGACUACGUAGGGUAAUGGUGUCUAGGUCCUUGUUCCUUAUACUACACCUCUAAUGGCCUGUCAUUUAGCACUAAUACACCUCUAAUGGCCUGUCAUUCACCACUAAACUGUUGAUCAAGGCUCUUAUAUUACCUAUUGAUGGUUGAUAUAUAUGGUCGGGCAGUUUGGAGUACGCAACAUUGUUUGUAGCGAUGGAACCCCGCCGGGGUCCAUACAGCACCAGCGGUCCCGGAGUUGCUCACAGUCUCAGGAUAGAAGGCAGUGGUGGCUUGUCCAGGAUUCCUGCAAGUUUAUCAAUACCUUCGUCAGCUCCCACUCCCGGCUCAGCCAUCAUGAGUUCCUUAGCUUCCUACGCUUCAGAUGGCCAGUACGACCAUUCCUUCAACUCCCUGGCCUCCCUCCAGAGCAACAUCACCCCAGACAUACUGAACAAUGAGCUGCGUAGUGUUGACCUGGGACCCCCGGAGAAACAAUGUUUCAAACUUAUAAAUGAAAAAGAAGAGUUGCAGGUGAAGAACGCGGAGGAGCUGCUCAAGAAGAUGGGUUGUCCCCGAGAUAAGGACCUGCAGGUGAAGGUUGUAUCCAUAUUUGGCAACACUGGGGAGGGCAAGUCUUACACCAUGAACCAGAUCUUCUUCAAGGGUGCCGAGGUGUUCAAGACCAGUUCAAACCAGUCAUCAUGUACCCUUGGUGUGUGGGGAGCUUAUGAUGGUGCUAACAAGGCUCUAGUCCUGGACACAGAGGGCAUGUUGGGCAUCAGUAACAGCUCCAAACAGCGUAAACGUCUGUUGCUCAAGGUACUUGCAGUGUCAGAUGUCAUCAUAUACCGGACACGCUCAGAGAGACUCAACACUGACAUGUACAAGUUCUUGGCUGAGGCGUCAAGAGCUUACACAAAGUAUUUCCGUGCUGACUUGGAGGCCGUAGCACGUAAGGCAGAGUGCGACUGUAUCUUCGGGCCCCCGGUGUUUAUAUUCCACGACACCCGCCACACCAGUGUUCUCAAAGAAGAGGCCGGCCACAACCCAGAGGAACAGUUGAAAGAAAACUUUUUAAAACAAAACCUCAAGAUAGACGGCUUUAACAGUUUACAUUAUAUUGGUGAACACAACACCGGAAACGACACGGACUUUAAGCGUAUGAGACAAGCCAUCACCGAGGAACUACAGAAUAACGGCGUGCGGUCGCCACGACGACCAAAGAUUAUCCUCGACAUGUUGGAAACAAUAAACAGAAAAUUUAGUGGGCAGAUUCAGAGCAGCGAGCCGGCCUUCCCGGACGAGUACUUCACCUGCACCAGCGUUUGUGUCGCCUGCCAGGCACGAUGCUCUCUCUUCAUGAACCACGCGACCCACGACGGUGGCUCCAUAGAUCACGAGGCCGAGCGCCAGUGUAAAUAUCACCAUCAGUUUGAGAAUAAGGUGUUCCUCUGUCGGAAGUGCGACAGUGACGGGGAGAGACGAAUUGUGGUCCCCAAGACAUCAUCGGCCAAGGACAACACGUGGCUGGGCCUCGCUAAAUAUGCCUGGGCGGGUUAUGUGCUGGAGUGUGAGAAGUGUGGCAUUAUCUACCGGAGUCGUCAGUACUGGUACGGUAACGAGUCUCCUGACAGGUGUGUGGUAAAGGAAGAGUUCCAGCAUGUAUGGCCCGGCACUGUCCUAGGAGGGGCAGCACAUGCUGGCAGACAGGUACUGGAAGGUGUGGCAGCUCUGGGCUCAGCUAUCUCAACAAUAUCAGCUCCUCCUGCAAAAGUUGUGUCCUCAUGGCUGACAAACCAGGUCAACCCAGCAUACUGGACCCCCAAUCACUUAUGCACACAUUGUAAGAUGUGCCAAGAACCCCUCGACACCAUCCACCACUGUCGCAAGUGUGGGGAAGGUUUCUGUGACAACUGUUCUGAUGUUAAAAUGACUGUGCCCGAAAUGGGAUGGGGUGACGAACCUGUCAGAGUGUGCAAAAAUUGUUACAAAACCAGGAAUAACCCGGACACAGGAGCAGAAGACUAUGAUAGUAACAAUGACGAGCGAACGGUACGCGCUCGACAAGUCAGUGAAGUCAUUUCUGGAACAUUGGCUUCUGUGGCAAAAUAUCCAAUAGAGUUUCUUAAGGACAGUACACGACCAUCCUAUUGGAUUCCGGACGAAAUUAUUAAAAACUGCAUAGUGUGCGAGAGAGAAUUUGGGACCAGACUAGCGUUACAUCACUGCCGGGCGUGUGGCCAGGGCGUGUGUGACGGCUGUUCUCCGAACCUUAAGCCAGUCAAGGAACGGGGCUGGGAUCACCCCGUUCGGGUCUGCAACAACUGCCUUAAGUAGUCAGUCGUGACAUGUGUUUUCAUAAUUAUGUAAGUAAGGAUCUCUGUUUCCAAAUUUAAAAAGAAAUUGUAGGUUUUAAUACUGCUUGUUUAGAAAAGCUGCCCUCAGGAAUAUACAUCACUUUUGGACCUUUAAUGUUUUGGCUUGUUAUGUUAAUAGCAGGGAAGACUCCUCUAAUAUUAACUGUGAGUUUAAAUUUUGAUAACUUUUAUAAAUAGAGUUAAAAGAGGGACACAAUAGAGGAUUGUGGGGGGAAUAUUUGCUUAAAUGUGGUGGUGCAGAUAACCUGAGUCACCAGGUGUGUAGUGAGGUAAUAAAGCUCUUACUGGUUAACCAUUAUACUGCCACAAACAAUGGAAGACAUUUUGAUAACAUUUUAUUACAAACUGAAGGUAUUGUAAUGGCAAUAAACUGAAGGUAUUGUGAUAGCAACAAACUGAAGGUAUUGUGAUGGCAACAAACUGAAGGUAUUGUGAUGGCAACAAACUAAAGGUAUUGUGAUGGCAACAAACUGAAGGUAUUGUGAUGGCAACAAACUGAAGGUAUUGUGAUGGCAACAAACUGAAGGUAUUGUGAUGGCAACAAACUGAAGGUAUUAUGAUGGCAACAAACUGUGAUGAACCUUAAGAGCCGUUGCGGUGGGCCGUUUCCUCAUAUGUUGUUGUAGUAAAAGUGGGCGGCAACAACGUGAGUGAUUAAGGCUUUCCCCAAUCAUAGUGAUGUUGUGGGAAAUUAUGACAAGAACAGACCAGGAAGGCUGCAGGGAACUGUACUUAUGACCCUUCACAAAACAUGGCAGAGAAGCAACUAUGGCUUCCUGUACAUACACACAGAAAAGUCAAGAAUACGACUGACUAUACAAACAUUAAUGUGUUGUAUGGAUCUUCAACUGUCACUCUACGCUUGUGUUGGUUGUUAGACAAAAUGAAGUUGAGAGAAUAAGGAUACUUUGGAUUUUAAUUUUGAUAAUGGUACUAAAUUGUGAAAUAUGUUGUUACAUACAGUAAUAAGAUUUUUUAUGAGAUGUUUGUGCACAACAAUGAUGUACUGUAUGUGUACAACAUAUACUGAGAAGUACUUUGUGAUUAUUUUGUUAUUGAAUAAUGUGUUGUACUAUAUAUUGACUUUACUCUUAGCAACUUUGUGAACACAGUAUUAUAAUUUUAAUGCAAUAUAAUACUUUUGUAUCAUUUACAUAACUGCACUACAGUUCUUGGUGACACUUGUAAUACAACUUGUCAACUUUAAGUCAAAUUAUUCUGUACUGUGGUGGUGAUGAAGUCUUAAUCUCUCACACACACACAUGUAAGAUGUUGUACCUUGACCUAACCAUUGUCAGCUGAACAUCAGGUAACAAGUGACACUCUUAAAUGUAGCCACAUAUUUCUUGGAACUAUUUAGUGUUUGUUGUACAUAAGUCAGUCAAUUAGAUACUGUAUUGUACCAUGAUUAUAAAGAGGAUAUACGCUAGGAUGUGUCAUAGUGAUCGUCAGACUCGGUUAGAUGAAGAUUGAGGCUGCAUCACUGCCCUCCUUGGACCAAUACAGAUUUGUUCUCAGCCGCUAACACCAACAAAUGUGGCAAAUUUCAGUCAUGCACCGUUUCUUUCAUUAUGCUCAAAUUUAUUAAUCGUCGGAGACAUAACUAUCAGGGGACGUAGGUAGCACAUUAUAUUUCUAUUUUAUGCUCAUUACUAUGGUUUGUCGAUGUGGGUGAUUCCUUCCUCUGUCAUUUUCUAAGUAAACUUUAACUUGUGUA